AAACCGAAAGAGACUGAUAAAUAAUACACCCAAUGCCUUUGUGCUGCUAAAAAUCCUGGUAUAUUUAUCCUCCUGAUAAACAAAAUUGUAAAUUGAAAACAAUUACCAUUUGGAGGAUAAGCCAAUUGUUUAAAGACCUACUUACUAAUUGAAGUUCUCUCAUGAAUCUCAUUCAUAGCUGCUUUCGUCCAUGGUUCUAAAAGCAUUGAGCAAAGCCUGAUCCUUCUAAUUCUUCACAGAGAUAUUCCUCUUAUAACGUUCGGAAAGCUAUUUUCAGAAGAGAGGGCCCUGACAAAAAUCAAUGGAAGGAGGGAACGAGUUAGCGAAAAGCAUGCCUUCAGGGGAACCCGUUUCACAGUUUCAGAGCAAGCCUAUAGGGGGAUCCAUUGCAAUUUUUCAGAACAAGCCUGCAGGGGGACCAAUUCAACAGCUUCAGAACACUUUCAAGAAGCUGGACACCCAAGUCAAGACUUGGUUAAGCAAGCAGUCUGCACCAGUUGAGGUGGCUGUGGUUACUGCCACAAAUGCGUUGCAGGGAGGAGUCAUGGGAGGACUUAUGGGUACCCUCACCUCAGACAUAACGUCCGCUAUGCCUCCACAGCCAACUGGAUUCAAUCCCCAGGCCAUGGGUUCACUCAAGCCAGUCCAGGCAUUAGCAGUCGGGCCGUGGGUGCAAGCUAGAAACUUUGCAGUUGUGACUGGUGUUUAUGCAGGAAUUGCAUGUGCAAUGAAGAGGCUACGUGGAGGUGUGGAGGAUGUUCAGACAAGCAUGGUGGCAGCAUUUGGUUCAGGAGCAACGUUCACACUUGUAAGUGGUGUGGGAGGACCAGACAUGGCACGAAAUGCGAUUGCUUCUGGCCUUUUCUGUGCUCUUUUUCAAGGCAGUCUUUAUAAGGUAGGCCAAAAGUUCUUUCAGCCAUCGACUGAAGAAGUCUAUUAUCUUAAAACAAGAACAAUGUUAAGCAAACUUGGGCUUCAAAAUUAUGAAAAGAAUUUUAAGAAGAGUUUGCUGACGGACAGUACACUGCCUCUUUUGACGGACAGUGCACUAAGAGAUGCAAAUGUUCCUCCUGGACCAAGGCUGCUCAUCCUUGACCACAUUCAAAGGGACCCAGAGGUGAUGUGGAGGGGAAAGCAAUAAUUGUCCUCUAGAAAUUGUAUGCUGUUGAGGAGAAUGACUGUCAUAUCCAUACUUUUCAACAUUGUAACUCUGAAAUUUUGAUAUGUAUGGAUUGCAUAACAGUCCAAGAUUUGGCAUUAACAGGUUACUGCAGUAUACAUUGUUCCAGGUAGAUAUGCCAUACUGUUGUAACUAGAGAAGAAAUUAAUAUCCCUGCACAAUUGUGUGGGUGCCAUUUGUUGAUGCUUAAAUAAGUAGACAUGGGCUGCAUCAAGCUUCAAAAUACAUGUCUCAAGAGUGAUUUAUCAUACUGAGGUGUUUUCAGGGUUCAUAUUGGUUUAGGAUUAUUCUUUUCUACUGCCAAACUUCAUGUGGUUUCCACGAGUGUCAUGUCAUCAUAUCCGUAUGUGAAAAUGAUAAUGACAUUGUGCUUAUUGAUUAAAUUUUCUUCAUUAUAUCAAUAGCAAAUAAUCUUUCCCCCCCUUGAAACAACGUGCCAUGGCUGUGUUGGCAGAUAAUGAGACAUUUUGUUAUUAUCCCAUGAAUAAAACAUUAUGCCUAAUGAGAACUAUUAAAUGCAAA